CGGGCAGAAGGCGUUGCCGAGGCCCCGCCCCUUCCUUUCGCCCGCCGCGCGGCCGUCGCGAGCGCACGCCCCGGCCCGUGUCCCGCCGCAGACAACGAUGCGUUACGUCGCUGCUUAUCUCCUCGCUGUGCUCGGGGGCAACGAGUCCCCCACGUCCAAGGAUCUGAAGAAGAUCCUCGACAGCGUCGGCAUCGAGACGGACGAUGAACGCAUGAACAAGGUUAUUAGUGAGCUGAAUGGAAAAAACAUCGAAGAUGUAAUUGCUCAGGGUAAUGGAAAACUUGCCAGCAUGCCAGCGGGAGGAGCAGUGGCAGUCUCUGCCGGAGGGGGCUCUGCUGCCCCUGCUGCAGCUGCUGCCCCUGCUGCCGCUGAGGAGAAAAAGGAAGAGAAGAAAGAGGAAUCUGAAGAAUCUGAUGAUGACAUGGGAUUCGGCCUAUUCGAUUAAUUAUUUGUUAUAGAGAAAUUAUUAAAAUUCUUUGUUUUAAAUGUU